AUAGAAAGAAUCCCAUGCAUUCUAUCACAUCACCAUGGACUAAGUCUGGUCUUCAAUAACAACAGUAAUGACAGAACGCCCACAUAUACAUGGAACUUGAACAACGGUCUACUCAAUGAUAACUUGGUGAAGGAAGAAAGAAAGAAAUUAAAGACUUCUUAGAAUUUAAUGAAAAUGAAGGCACAACACACCCAAACUUAUGGGCUAAGAGGAAAACUCAUAGCCCUGAGUGCCUCCAAAAAGAAACUGGAGAGAGCAUUUAUUAGUAGCUAGACAGCACACUUGAAAUCUCUAGAACAAAAAGAAGCAAAUAGACCAAAAAGGAGUAGACAACAGGAAAUAAUCAAACUCAGGACUGUAUUCAGCCAAGUAGAAACAAAAAGAACUAUACAAAAAAAUCAACAAAAUGAGGAGAUGGUACUUGGAGAAAAUCAACAAGAUAGAUAAACCGUUAGCCAGACUAACCAGAGGGCACAGAGAGUGUAUCCAAAUUAAGAAAAUCAGAAAUGGGGAGAGUGAAAGCGAAAGCUGGGGCUGCUAUCCCAGAUUCGAGAGCUGGCAAGUGGGGAAGCAUGGCCAAGCCUUGUGGGGUUCGCUUGAGUGGAGAAGCCCGUAAACAGGUGGAUGCCUUCAGACAAAAUCUUUUCCAGGAGGCUGAGGACUUCCUUUGCACUUUCUUGCCACGGAAAAUCAUAUCCCUGAGUCAGCUCUUGCAAGAGGAUUCCCUCAAUGUGGCUGACCUCUCCUCCCUCCGGGCUCCUCUGGACAUCCCUAUCCCAGAUCCCCCACCCAAGGAUGAUGAGAUGGAAACCGAGCAGGAGAAGAAAGAAGUCCCUAAGUGUGGCUUCCUCCCUGGGAAUGAGAAGCUUCUGGCCCUGCUUGCCUUGGUUAAGCCAGAAGUCUGGACUCUCAAAGAGAAGUGCAUUCUGGUAAUCACAUGGAUCCAGCACCUGAUCCCCAAGAUUGAGGACGGAAAUGAUUUUGGGGUGGCAAUUCAGGAGAAGGUGCUGGAGAGAGUGAAUGCUGUCAAGACCAAAGUGGAAGCCUUCCAGACAGCCAUCUCCAAGUAUUUCUCAGAGCGUGGGGAUGCUGUAGCCAAGGCCUCCAAGGACACCCAUGUAAUGGAUUACCGGGCCUUGGUGCACGAGCGAGAUGAAGCAGCCUAUGGGGCGCUUAGGGCCAUGGUGCUAGACCUGAGAGCCUUCUAUGCUGAGCUUCAUCACAUCAUCAGCAGCAACCUAGAGAAAAUUGUCAACCCAAAGGGUGAAGAAAAGCCAUCUAUGUACUGAGCAAAGGAUUAGAAGGAAAAUAAAUGAUUUAUACUUUAUGCAAAAAAAAAAAGAAAA